AGCAGGAAGCUGCUGCCCCCUGCUGGCUGUGAGUUCAAACAACGACAGGUGGGAACACGUCCACGCGCGCACACACCCCAAAGUAAAGUGGGAGACAAGCGGAAGUGAGAGUUGAUCAGUCAACUGUGACCCCUUCAUGACCUCUGACCCACUUAAACGCGGCUCUGUGAUUGGCUGAACCACACACACAGGUAAACAUGGCAGUUCGUGCAGCCGCUAUGCUGCUGCUGCUUCUGCUGCUCGGACGCACCGCCAGUAUCGGAACCGGCUUCGGUUCCGAUACGGACUCAGAGCGCGGCAGGAUGCAGCUGCAGCGCGUGCAGAGCCUCACUGCCCACAGCAGAUACGGAGAAUGUUGGGCACGAGCUCUGGAACACUUGGACACGCGCUGCAAGGACAUGACGUCAGAGAGUCAGGGAAGGAUAGCGCUGGGGUUCACUUACUGUCACCUGAGCAGCUCUGGCAGGGAUUUCCCAUCAUGCUCUGAGGGGUCAGAGGUCAGCAGGUGUACAAGGGUGAUGGAUGCUGUGGCCUUCAACACUUACACAGAGUUCUUCACCCACACACACGCCAUCUGUCACUUCCUGCAGUCUGAGACCUGGCAGAACCGCGCUGAGACCACCAUGUACCGGUUGACAGAAAGUUCAGCAGGUGUUGCUGAGCAGCUUCAGUCCACCAGGCAGAUGGCUGAAGAGCUUAUUGAGGCCCAGAGUGCUGCCUUACAGGCACAACAGGAGAUCCUGACCAAUGGAGAAGAGCUGAGACUCACACUGAGAGACUCUACUGAGGGUCUGCGUACAGUCUUCUCUGAGCUCAGCUCUUCCUCCAGAGAGCAGCAGGUGGUGCUGUCUGAGCUCUUUAACAGAGUUUCUUUCCUGCACAGUUUCCUGUUGAUGGAGUCUCACAGUGUUAGCUCCUGCUGCUACAACGCUGCUGCUCUCUGCGCCGCCUUCCUGCUCACUGCCACACAGCGCUCAUCCAGAGCCAGGUAACCACACCCCCUACUCUCCAGUUCCAGGUAACGCCACUCCCUACAUUUCAGCGCAGGUAACACCGCCCCAUUGUCACCCGUGACAUGUAGCCCCACCCCCAGAUAUAGGCAACCCCGCCCUCAAACCAGUUCGUGUGGAGCUGUCAAUCAUUAUCUGUUCAUUAUUUGUCUCUCUCCCUUUCUGUGUGUGUGUGUGUGUGUCUCUCCCU